AUGCUCAAUCUACUGCCGCUGGAUCAAGCAUCGCUCGAGGAAUUUCGAAAUGUCCUUGAUUCCGUAAAACAAAGCACAGGUGCUGAUAACACAGCUGACUUCGACCCUUCUGGAACGAGCCAUGUCGACGACGAUCCACUAUCGCAGAGUUCGUCUGAGAGAGCAGGAUCUCGUCCUAACGAUGCCACGUCUUCUUCCGCAGACACAGAAGAUACCGAACUUAGUGGCGCCUUGUCGGCUUUCGGAGCUUUGCAUCUGAACAAUGAAAACGGGGUCGAGGGCCCUCCGUCAGAGCAUCAACUCGGAUGGACUGCAUUGCCCUUCGAGGCGAAAGCAGACAUAUUGAAAGAGAUGUUUCCGGUUGUCAAAUCUGUUGAUAUAAGCUACAUCCUAAAGCGGUCUGGAGAUAGAUAUGAUCGUACGGUGGAAGAAUUACUCAAUCGAGCUUUUCUAGAGGAUGAUACCAACGAACUGGGUGAGAAGUCAAUUAAAAGAAGUAUCGAAGGAUUCUCGGAGCCUACUUUCUACAAGACGAGAAAAAGGAGAGGCAAGAAGGCAAGUCCCCAUGAUUGGGAGAGCUCGACUUUGGUUCCUCAGGACAAUAGAUCUAGCAUCAUCACUCCUGCUCCCUUGAGUCAAUGGGAUCGCGCUAGGGAGGAUGUCCAAUUCAUUACUGCACGCACACAUCUUCCUCAAACGGUCAUUGCUUCAACCUACCAUAAGCAUGCAGUGUCGCUUGCUUCAACGAUAGCUGCAAUUUGCCGUUCCGAACGACACGAGAACCCCUACGUUAAGGAGGCUACACCUCCUCUGCUAGAGACGCAAGCUGCCGAGCUUACUGCUGAUUUCCCUACCCUUGACCCCCACCAAUCACAUGCCCUUGUAAGACUUACGUACCCAUCUACAGCAUCUGCUCAUGAACUCGCGCGUGCACUAGUGACAAAGCCGUACGCCGUGUCUGAAGCUAUCAUCACACCGCACUACCAAGCUCCUGACCUUUCUUCAGAUUCGAUGCUGGAAUCGCUGUCUGCUGCCCGAAGGGCUAUCCCUGUGGAAACGGCCGAAAGGCUCGAUAUAAUUCGUCAUCAAGCGUACCAUCAAGCAUCAGCCGCCCACCGGGUCUCAAAGUCCAAACCACUAAUGGGUGGCGCGGCUGCGUACUACAGCUCCGUUGCACGGGACGCGUCUGAUGCAUUACGUCAGCGUGAAAGCGCUCAGGCUGAAGCAACGGUAGUAGGUCAAUCGCGAUCAGGAGAAGUCGAUUUGCACGGUGUGCAGGUACGCGAUGCACAGGCUAUUGCAAGUCGCAAAGCCGAGCAAUGGUGGGAAAGCUCGGGCAGGGAGUGGGCGCGAGAGGGUAAAGCCCGGAACGGUGGCCUUAGGAUCAUCACCGGCAGAGGACAGCAUAGUCAAGGUGGCAAAGGAAGGCUUGGGCCAGCUGUUGGAGCGAUGCUAGUGAGGGAGGGGUGGAAGGUCGAGGUUGGGGAGGGCGUCAUCGAUGUGGUAGGCAAAGUGAGAAGGUAA